GCUUCAUCACAACUCAAUAAAUUAAGCUGUAGUUUAUUUGUUUCCUGAAAGAAAGUAGGAGGCUGGGCACUUGGACAGUAUAUAUAUAUAUAUAUCUAGGGUUUCAGAUGUAGCAGUAUCAGAGAUCUUGAAGGGGUGUGAAUUAAAAGUGCAGUUAGCAUGAAAAGAGGUGAAAGCAGUGGUGGUGGCCAAAGCACCCUGAAUUACCUGUUUGGAUCAGAAGAGCUGCAGUCAUGUCAUCAGCCUCCACCCCCAAACCCAAAGCCACCACUUUCAUUGCCACCUUAUGGCAUUGACAAUCCCCCCAAUGCUCCUGCCUCUUCUCAAGGCCAAAACUUGGGAAACAAUAUUCUAACCAAUCGUCCUUCAACAAAAGUCAAAUCGGUACCGGGUGGACACUCCUCUCUUGGGUACUUGUUCGGAGACAAAUGAUCGAUAUGCUUUCAUUUUUAUCUCCAUCUCCCUCGUGCUGCUGCUGCCGCCUUCCGUGAAAAAGGGGAGUAUCAACAACCGAGUACUACUACAUAAUAAAAAGUAAACAAUGUCACGUGUUCAAAUUCACUUGUGUCGUAGAUUGGACGUGUGCCAUUAAUUACUGUCGUAAAAAAAUAAUGCAUCAGUGUGUGUGCUUUCUACGGUUAAUUACGUCGCUCAAGUGUGUUUGCUUUCAUAUGUACGCCUUGCAUUGCACUAAGCUCAGCUCUCUUUUUCUUGCGUAGCUUUCUCAUCUUGUUCCUAAUCUUUGGCGUACACCUUGUGCUAGGUUGGUUACAAGAUAUUAAUAAAUUUCAUUUGUCUUACUAAAAAAA